UCCAGCUGACAGAGUCCGCCUGUCCUUUCGUCCCCGUCCAGUCUGAGGACCGGCCAGAGAGUGGGCUGCUGGGCGGGAGCCGCGUCAGUCCCGGGCCCGUGGAGGGAGGUGAGACCCAGCGGCCCCUGUUCCAUCGUCUGUGCCCUACGCCUGGGUGCUGCUCCCAGCCUCCCGUAGAGACAGGUCCCUCCCGCCACCCCCCCCCACCAUGGAUCACUCAUUCAGUGGGGCACCCCGAUUCCUGACCCGGCCCAAGGCCUUCAUGGUGUCGGUGGGCAAGGACGCCACGCUGAGCUGCCAGAUCGUGGGCAACCCCACGCCGCAGGUGAGCUGGGAGAAGGACCAGCAGCCCGUGGAGGCGGGUGCUCGCUUCCGCCUGGCCCAGGAUGGCGACCUGUACCGUCUCACCAUCUUAGACCUGGCACUGGGCGACAGCGGGCAGUAUGUGUGCCGCGCGCGCAACGCCAUCGGUGAGGCCUUCGCCGCUGUGGGCCUGCAGGUGGACGCCGAGGCCGCCUGCGCAGAGCAGGAGCCCCACUUCCUCCUGCGGCCCACGUCCAUCCGCGUGCGCGAGGGCGCCGAGGCCACGUUCCGCUGCCGCGUGCGCGGCUCGCCGCCUAUGGCCGUGAGCUGGGCCAAGGACGGGCGGCGCUUAGGCUCCCCUGACGCCCCCAGAGUGCGCGUGGAGGCCAGCGGCGAGGCGAGCGCGCUGUGCAUCCAGGCCACGCGGCCCCGCGACGGCGGCACCUACACGGUGCGCGCUGAGAACCCGCUGGGCGCUGCCAGUGCCGACGCAGCGCUCACCGUGGACGCGGAUGCGGACGCGGCGGGCCCUCCCGGGGCCUCCACCGCGGCGCUUCUGGCGCACCUGCAGUGGCGGCGCGAGGCGAUACGCGCCGAUGGCGCCCCGGCCUCGCCACCGGGUUCCGGCACGCGCACAUGCACCGUGACUGAAGGCAAGCACGCGCGCCUCAGCUGCUACGUGACGGGGGAGCCCAAGCCAGAGACCGUGUGGAAGAAGGAUGGGCAGCUGGUGGUCGAGGGCCGGCGACACGUGGUGUACGAGGACGCCCAGGAGAACUUCGUGCUCAAGAUCCUCUUCUGUAAGCAGUCGGACCGGGGCCUCUACACCUGCACGGCGUCCAACCUGGUGGGCCAGACUUACAGCUCCGUGCUGGUCGUCGUCCGAGAGCCCGCGGUGCCCUUCAGGAAGCGGCUGCAGGACCUGGAGGUGCGGGAGAAAGAGUCGGCCACGUUCCAGUGCGAGGUGGAGCUGCCGGCCACGGAGGCCGCGUGGUACAAGGAGGAGACGCGGCUGUGGGCCAGCGCCAAGUACGGCAUCGAGGAGGAGGGCACGGAGCGCCGGCUGACGGUGCGCAACGUCUCGGCCGACGACGACGCCGUCUACAUCUGCGAGACGGCGGAGGGCAGCCGCACCGUGGCGGAGCUCGCGGUGCAAGGCAACCUCAUCCGGAAGCUCCCGCGGAAGACCGCGGUGCGAGUGGGGGAUACGGCCAUGUUCUGUGUGGAGCUGGCCCAGCCCGAGGACUCCGUCCACUGGCUGAGGAACCAGGAGGAGGUGGUGGCCGGGGGUCGUGUGGCCAUCACCGCAGAAGGCACGUGCCACACGCUGACCAUCUCCAAGUGCAGCCUGGAGGACAUGGGCGAGGUGACCUUCAUGGCUGGGGACUGCCGGACAACGACACAGUUCUUUGUGUCUGCCCCUAGGAAGCCGCCCCUGCACGCACCUGAGGCCCCCAUGGUGAAGUCCAGGACAGAGUGCUCCGUGACCCUUGGCUGGUCCCCGCCACCCCACGGGGACCACCGUGUCCCCAUCGAUGGUUAUCUGGUGGAGAAGAAGCGGCUUGGUGCCCACACCUGGAGCCGGUGCCACGAGGCUGAGUGGGUGGGUGCGCAGGAGCUGACUGUGGCCAGCGUGUCUGAGGAGGGGGACUUCCAGUUCCGGGUGUCCGCUCUGAACAGCUUUGGCCACAGCCCCUACCUCGAGUUCCCAGGGACUGUGCACCUGACCCCACAGCUUGCCGUGAGGACGCCUCUGAAGGCAGUGGAGGCUGUGGAGGGCGGUGAGGUGACCUUCUCCGUGGACCUCACUUUGGCCUCGGCGGGCGAGUGGUUCCUGGACGGGCAGGCCCUGAAGGCCAGCAGCGCGUACAUGAUCCGUCAGGACGGCACACGGCAUGCCCUCACCAUCCACUCGGUGUCUGCCAGCAUGCACGGUGCUGAGCUCAAGUUCGUGGCCAACGGCAUUGAAAGCAGCAUCCGCAUGGAGGUCCGAGCGGCCCCAGGGAUGACCACCAGGCGUCCAGUAACAGCUGUGAGGGAAGUGCUGGCCCGGCUGCAUGAGGAGGCACAGCUGGUGGCUGAGCUAUCAGACCAGGCUGCAGCGGUGACGUGGCUGAAGGAUGGCCACGUGUUGCCACCAGGCCCCAAGUAUGAGGUGCAGGCCAUGGCUGGACAGCGGGCACUGCUGGUGCGGGACGUGGUGCGAGAGGACGCUGGCCUCUACGAGUGUGUCAGCCGUGGGGGCCGCAUCGCCUACCAGCUCCUGGUGCAAGGGCUCACUCCCUUUCUGCACAAGGACACUGCUGGUGGCUGUGUGGAUGCUGUGGCUGGAGGCCCAGCCCACUUUGAAUGCGAGACCUCGGAGGCCCAUGUGAGUGUGCACUGGUACAAGGAUGGAAUGGAGCUCAACCGCUCGAGCCAGCGCUUCUUGCAGGAGGACGUGGGUUCACGGCACCGGCUGGUGGCAACCUCAGUCACCAGGCGGGAUGAGGGUACCUACUCGUGCCGUGUGGGCGAGGACUCCGUGGACUUCCAGUUGCGUGUCUCUGAGCCCUCUGCAGUGUUUGCCAAGGACCAGCCAGCAUGCAGGGAGGUGCUGGCCAAGGCUGGGGCCAGUGCCACCCUGAGCUGUGAGGUGGCCCAGGCCCACACAGAGGUGAUGUGGUACAAGGAUGGAAAGAAGCUGAGUGCGAGCUCCAAAGUGCACGUGGAGGCCAAGGGCAGCAGCAGGCGGCUGGUGGUGCAGCAGGUGGGGAAGGCGGAUACUGGGGAGUACAGCUGCGAGGCCGGGGGCCAGAAGGUGUCUUUCCACCUGGACCUCGCAGAACCUGCAUUAGUGUUUGCCAAGGACCAGCCAGCAUUCAGGGAGGUGCAGGCCAAUGUGCGGGCCAGUGCCACCCUGAGCUGUGAGGUGGCCCAGGACAAGACAGAGGUGACGUGGUACAAGGACGGGAAGAAGCUGAGUGCGAGCUCCAACGUGCACGUGGAGGCCAAGGGCUGCAGCAGGCGGCUGGUGGUGCAGCAGGCAGGGAAGGUGGAUGCCGGGGAGUACAGCUGCGAGGCCGGGGGCCAGAAGGUGUCCUUCCGCCUGGAUGUCACAGAGCCCUCCGUGGUGUUUGCCAAGGAGCAGCCAGCACGCAGGGAGGUGCUCUGCAAGGCGGGGGCCAGUGCCACCCUGAGCUGUGAGGUGGCCCAGGCCCACACAGAGGUGACGUGGUACAAGGACGGGAAGAAGCUGAGCGCGAGCUCCAACGUGCGCGUGGAGGCCAAGGGCUGCAGCAGGCGGCUGGUGGUGCAGCAGGCGGGGAAGGCGGACGCCGGGGAGUACAGCUGCGAGGCCGGGGGCCAGAAGGUGUCCUUCCGCCUGGACGUCACAGAGCCGGAGCCUGAGUCCCCCGCCCUGGAGAGACCCGGCCGCAGGGAGCCUCUGGUGGUCAGGGAGCAUGAGGACAUUGUCCUGACGGCCACUCUGGCCACACCCUCUGUGGCCGCGGUGACGUGGCUCAAGGAUGGUGUGGAGAUCCGCCGAAGCAAGCGUCAUGAAACAGCCAGCCUGGGGGACACCCACACCCUGACCGUCCACGGGGCCCAGACCCUGGACAGCGCAGUCUACAGCUGCCGUGUGGGCACGGCAGGGCAGGACUUCCCGGUGCAGGUGGAAGAGGUGGCCACCAAGUUCUGCCAGCCCCUGGAGCCUGUGAGCGGGGAGCUGGGGGGCACGGUGACACUGGUGUGUGAGCUGAGCCCGCCCCAGGCCGAGGUCGUGUGGCGCUGCGGGAGCACACAGCUCCGGGCUGGGAAGCGCUUCCAGAUUGAAGCCACGGGGGCCCGGCGCUCCCUCACGGUGUCAGGCCUGCGGCUGGAGGAUGCGGGGGAGUACACGUGCGAGACCCGCAAUGACCGCACCAGCGCUCAGCUCACCGUCAACGCCCCCCGCACGGUCAAGUUCACAUCAGAGUUGAGGGCGGUGGUGGCCGAGGAAGGUGGAGAGGCCACCUUCCAUUGCGUGGUGUCCCCGGGCGACUCGGCAGUCACGUGGUUCCGGGACGGUGCCUUGCUGCAGCCCAGCCAGAAGUUUCUCAUCUCCCAAAGUGGCUCUAGCCACAGCCUGACCAUCUCUGGCCUGACCCUGGAGGACGCUGGCCAGAUCACUGCAGAGGCUGAGGGUGUCCAGUCCUCAGCUGCUCUCCGGGUGCGAGAGGCUCCGGUGCUAUUCAGAAAGAAGCUGGAACCCCAGACGGUGGAAGAGCGGAGCUCAGUGACCAUGGAGGUGGAGCUGACGCGGCCGUGGCCCGAUGUCAAGUGGACACGGAAUGCAGCAGCCCUGGCGCCAGGCAAGAACGUGGAGAUCCACGUGGAAAGCACCAGUCACCGCUUGGUUCUGCACUGUGUGGGUUUCGCCGACCGUGGCUUCUAUGGGUGCGAGACUCCAGACGACAAGACGCAGGCCAAGCUCACCGUGGAAAUGCGCCGGGUCCAGCUCGUGCGGGGCCUACAGGCGGUGGAGGUGUCCGAGCAGGGCACCGUCAGCAUGGAGGUGGAGCUGUCCCAUGCUGCCGUGGAGGGCAGCUGGACGCGGGAUGGCCUGCGGCUGCAGCCAGGGCCCACGUGCCAGCUGGCCGUGCGUGGCCCCAUCCACACGCUCACGCUGUUGGACCUGCGGCCGCAGGAUGGCGGCCUCGUCGCCUUCAAAGCUGAGGGGGUGCACACGUCUGCGCGGCUCAUGGUAACCGAGCUGCCUGUGAGGUUCAGCCGCCCCCUGCAGGACAUGGUGGCCACAGAGAAGGACAGGGUGACCCUGGAGUGUGAGCUGUCUCGCCCCAGUGUGGACGUGCGCUGGCUGAAGGAUGGUGUGGAGCUGCGGGUGGGCAAGACGGUGGGCAUGGUGGCCCAGGGUGCCUGUCGGAGUCUCGUCAUUUACCGGUGUGAGCUCGGGGACCAGGGCGUGUACGUGUGUGACGCCCGCGACGCUCAGAGCUCAGCCUCCCUGAAGGUGCAAGGUCGCAAGGUCCAGAUCGUGAGGCCCCUGGAGGACGUGGAGGUGAUGGAGAAGGAGGGUGCCACGUUCUCCUGUGAGGUCUCGCUCGACGAGGUGCCGGCCCAGUGGUUCUGGGAGGGCACUAAGCUUCGGCCCAGUGACAACGUGCGCACCCGCCAGGAAGGAAGGAAAUACACUCUCAUCUUCCGGAGGGUCCUGGCAGAAGAUGCCGGGGAGAUCAGAUUUGUCGCGGAAAAUGCAGAAUCACGAGCACAGCUCCAAGUGAAAGAGCUGCCGGUGGCCAUCCUGCGGCCGUUGCGGGACAAGAUAGCCAUGGAGAAGCACCGCGGCGUGCUGGAGUGCCAGAUGUCUCGGGCCAGCGCGCAGGUACAGUGGUUCAAGGGCAGCGUGGAACUGCAGCCCGGGCCCAAGUACGAGAUGGUCAGUGACGGCCUCUACCGGAAGCUAAUCAUCAAGGAGGUGCAGCCCGAGGAUGAGGACACGUACACCUGCGACGCUGGAGACGUGAAGACCAGCGCCCAGUUCUUCGUGGAAGAGCAAUCCAUCACCAUCGUGCGCGGCCUGCAGGACGUGACCGUGAUGGAGCCUGCCCCAGCCUGGUUCGAGUGCGAGACCUCCAUUCCGGCGGUGCGGCCGCCCAAGUGGCUCCUGGGAAAGACGGCGCUGCAGGCGGGGGCGGACGUGGGCAUGGAGCAGGAGGGCACAGUGCAUCGGCUGACGCUGCGGCGCACCUGCUCCACCAUGACCGGGCCCGUGCACUUCACCAUCGGCAAGUCGCGCUCCACCGCGCGCCUAGUGGUCUCAGACAUCCCGAUGGUGCUCACGCGGCCGCUGGAGCCCAAGGCGGGGCGCGAGCAGCAGUCGGUGGUCCUGUCCUGCGACUUCAAGCCGCCCCCCAAGGCCGUGCAGUGGUACAAGGAGGACGCUCCCCUGGCACCCUCUGAGAAGUUCAAGAUGAGCCUGGAGGGCCACAUGGCAGAGCUGCGAAUCCUCCGCCUCACACCCGCGGACGCCGGCGUCUACCGGUGCCAAGCCGGCAGCGCCCAGAGCAGCACGGAGGUCACCGUGGAAGCGCGCGAGGUGACCGUGACGCAGCCGUUGCAGGACACAGAAGUCACGGAGGAGAGCCGAGCCUCUUUCUUCUGUGAGCUGUCCCGUGAGGACGAGGAGCUGGAGUGGUCGCUCAACGGCAGGCCUCUGUACAACGACAGCUUCCAUGAGAUCACCCACGAGGGCCGGCGCCACACGCUGGUGCUGAAGCGGGUCCGGCGGGCUGACGCAGGCACUGUGCGCGCCUGCUCCCCCAAGGUGUCGGCCACUGCCCGCCUGGAGGUCAAAGCAAAGCCAGUGGUGUUCCUGAAGGCUCUCGAUGAUGUGUCCGUGGAGGAGCGGGGCACGCUGGCCCUGCAGUGCGAGGUCUCCGACCCCCAGGCCCGCGUGGUGUGGCGGAAAGACAGCGUGGAACUGGGCCCCAGCGACAAGUACGACUUCUUGCACAUGGCGGGCACGCGCGGGCUUGUGGUGCAUGACCUGAGUCGGGACGACACCGGCCUCUACACUUGCAGCGUCGGCUCCGAGGAGACCCGCGCCAGAGUCAGUGUUCACGACCUACACGUGGGCAUCACCAAGAGGCUGAAGAUGGUGGAGGUGCUGGAGGGCCAGAGCUGCACGUUCGAGUGUGUCCUGUCCCACGAGAACACCGGCGACGUGGCCACGUGGACCGUGGGUGGGAAGACGGUGGGUGGCUCGGGCCGCUUCCGGGCCAGCCGCCAGGGCCGCAAGUACACCCUGGCUGUCCAAGACGCUGCUCCUAGUGACGCUGGGGAGGUGAUGUUCUCCAUACUGGACCUCACCUCCAAGGCCUCCCUCAUCGUCCGAGAGAGGCCCGCGGACAUCGUGAAGCCCCUGGAAGACCAGAAGGCUGCUCCGGGCGAGGAUGUGGUGCUGAGCUGUGAGCUGUCCCGGGCUGGCACCCCAGUGCGCUGGCUGAGGGACGGGAAGGCCAUUCGCAAGAGUCAGAAGUACGACCUCGUCGUGGACGGUCCUCGGGCCAUGCUGGUGGUCCAUGCUGUCUCGCCCAAGGACUCCGGCGAGUACACGUGUGAGACAGAGGCUUCCAAGAGCACAGCGAGCCUCCGUGUGGAAGAAAAGGCAAACCGCUUCACGGAGGAGCUGGCUGAUGUGCAGGGGACGGAGGAGGGCACGGCCGUGUUUGUGUGUAGGACUGAGCGGCCUGCCGCCGUGGUGACCUGGCGUAAGGGGCUUACGGAGCUGCCUGCCUCAGGGAAGCACACACCCAGCCAGGAUGGCCUGACCCUGAAGCUGACCAUCAGUGCCCUGACCAAGGCAGACAGUGACACCUACACCUGCGACAUCGGCCAGGCCUGCUCCCAGGCCCGGCUCCUGGUGCAGGGCCAGAGGGUGCUCAUCACAGAGGACCUGGAGGAUGUGGAGGUGCGCGAGGGCUCGUCCGCCACCUUCUCCUGCCGCAUCUCCCCCGCCGACUACGGGCCUGUGCAGUGGUUCCUGGAUCAGACGCCCCUGCACCCCAAUGAGCUCAAUGAGAUCCAGGCUCAGCCCGGCGGGUACCAUGUGCUCACCCUUCGGCAGCUGGCUCUCAAGGACUCAGGCACCAUCCACUUUGAGGCGGGAGACCAGCGGGCCUCAGCCACACUGCAGAUCACAGAAAAGCUGAGUGUGUUCUCCCGUGAGCUCACAGACGCUACUGUCACGGAGGGGGAGGACCUGACCCUGAUCUGUGACACCACCACCUCGGACAGCCCUGUGUCCUGGACCAAGGAUGGGAAGGCCCUGCGGCCAUCGGCUCGCUGCCAGCUGAGCCAGGAGGGCCACCGGGCCCAGCUGGUCAUUACUGGAGCCACCCUGCAGGACGGUGGGCGCUACAAGUGUGAGUCUGGGGGCUCCUGGACCAGCUCCAUUGUCAGGGUCCACGCUCGGCCAGCACGCUUCCGGGAGGGGCUGAAGGACCUGGAGGUGCUGGAGGGCGGGGCUGCCACUCUGCGCUGCAAGCUGUCGUCUGUGGUCACGCCCGUGGAGUGGCGCCGUGGAGAGCAGGUUCUGCGGCCUGGGCCCAAGUACAGUUUGCAUCAGGAGGGCACGGUGCUCGAGCUAGUGGUCCGGGACCUGCGGCCCCAGGACAGCGGGCCGUACUCCUGCUGCUUCGGGGACCAGAGGACCAUGGCCACGCUCACUGUGAAGUCCUCACCUGCUGAGUUCAUAGGGAGAAUGAGAAGCAAGGAGGCCACGGAAGGGGCCACGGCCACGCUGCGCUGUGAGCUGAGCAAGGAGGCCCCCGUGGAGUGGAAGAAGGGGUCCGAGACCCUCAGAGCUGGGGACAGAGUCAGCCUGAGGCAGGAUGGGACCACGUGUGAGCUGGAGAUCCGUGGCCUGGCCGUGGCAGAUGCUGGGGAGUACUCGUGUGUGUGCGGGCAGGAGAGGACAUCGGCCACGCUGACCGUCAGGGCCCCACAGGUGGUAUUCAGGGAGCCCCUGCAGAGCCUGCAGGCUGAGGAGGGGGCCUCGGUCACCCUGCGGUGUGAACUGUCCCAGCCCAACGCCGCCGUGGUCUGGAGCAAGGGCGGCCUAGAGGUGCAGCCUGACGGGCGCAGGGAGCCUCGGCAGCGGGGCCCCAUAGUGGAGCUUGUACUGCGGGACCUGCGCCGGGAGGACACAGGCGAAUACGCAUGUACCUGUGGACCCCAGGCCACCAGUGCCACCCUCACUGUUACAGCUGCACCUGUGCGGUUCCUGCGGGAGCUGCAGGCCCAGCAGGUGGACGAGGGCGCCACGGCGCGCCUGCGCUGCGAGCUGAGCCGAGAGGGCGCCAGCGUGGAGUGGCGGAAAGGGUCUCUGCAGCUCUUCCCGUGCGCCAAAUACCAGAUGGUGCAGGAGGGCAGGACGGCGGAGCUGCUGGUGCGGGGCGCGGAGCCGGAGGACUCCGGCCACUACACCUGCAACGCGGGCGACUCGCAGAGCACUGCUAGGCUCUCCAUCCGAGCCCCUAGGCCCGUAUUCCGGGAGGAGCUGCAGAGCACGGAGCAGGAUGCCGGCAGUGUGGCCCGGCUGCGCUGCGAGCUGAGCGGGACAGAGACCGGUGUCCCCGUGCAGUGGCUCAAGGAGGGUGUGGAGCUGCACGGGGGCCCCAAAUAUGAGAUAAGGCGCCUGGGGACCACAUGUGAGCUGCUGAUCCACGGGCUGGAGGCCAAGGACACGGGCGAGUAUGUCUGCCUUGCCGGCGGCCAGAAAACCGUGGCCGCUGUCAGGGUCAGAGAGCCGGAGGUGACCAUCGUGCGGGGGCUGGAGGAUGCCGAGGUGCAGGUGGACGGGGACGUGGAGUUCGCUUGUGAGGUGUCACGGGACGGAGUCGCCAACGUGGAGUGGCGUCUCCAGGGCCUGCCGCUGCAGAACAAUGCGGUGACAGAAGUGUCGGUGCGGGGAGGCCGCACCCACAUUCUCCGGCUGACGGGCGUGACCCCCGAGGAUGCAGGCACCAUCUCUUUCCACGUGGGCGUCCACACGUCCUCUGCCCAGCUCACUGUCCGAGUCCCUGAGGUGACCAUUCUGGAGCCGCUGCAGGACCUGCAGCUCAGCGAGGGCCAGGACGCCCAUUUCAGGUGCCAGCUGUCCAGGGCCUCUGGCCAGGAGGCCCGCUGGGCCCUGGGAGGGGUACCACUGCAGGCCAAUGAGAUGAAUGACAUCACUGUGGAAGAUGGCACGCUCCAUCUCCUCACCCUGCACAAGGUGACCCUAGAGGAUGCUGGAACCAUCAGUUUCCAAGUGGGCUCAUGUAGCUCGGAGGCCCAGUUAAAGGUCACAGAGGCGGCCCCAUGCCUGGUACGUGGCUUGCAGAAUGUGGACGUCUUUGCGGGGGAGGUGGCCACGUUCUCCUGUGAGGUGUCCCGCGCCGGUGGGCCGGAGGCCCGCUGGUGGCUGGAUGGCACCCUACUGCAGGACAGCCCCCAGAGCGCCAUCUCCGUGCGUGAUGGGACCUUCCACUCCCUCACGCUCUCGGGCCUGGGGGUUGCCGACUCGGGCACCAUCACCUACCGUGCAGGGGCCCUGGUCUCCACGGCCAAGCUGUUGGUCAAAGAUCCCACGGUGGAGGUGGUCAGUGCCAUGCAGGACCUGGUGGUGGAGGAGGGCGGCCCGGCAGAGCUCCUCUGCCAGUACUCGCGGCCCGUGCAGGCCACGUGGAAGAUGGACGAGCAGGAGGUGUGCGCUGACGGGCGCCGUGUCUUCAUAGAGCAGGACUGGACCGUGGCCAGGCUGUCCUUCAGGCCAGCCUUGCCUUGCGACAGUGGCAUCUAUUCUUGUGAGGCUGCGGGCACCCGCGUGGCAGCCCUGCUCCAUGUGCAAGCCAGCAACACAGUGCUGCGUGGGCUGGAGAACGUGGACGCGCUGGAAGGUGGCGAGGCGCUGUUCGAGUGCCAGCUGUCGCGCCCCGAGGCGGCUGCCCACAGCUGGCUGCUGGACGAUGAGCCCGUGCACAGCUCAGAGAGCGCGGAGGUGGUCUACUUCGACAAUGGCCUGCGUCACCUGCUGCUGCUCAAGAACCUGCGGCCGCAGGACAGCUGCCGGGUCACCUUUCUGGCGGGGGACGUGGGGACGUCCGCAUUCCUCACGGUCAGAGGCUGGCGCCUGGACGUCCUGGAGCCGCUGCAAGACGCCACGGUGCGAGCCGGGGUGCAAGCCCACUUCACCUGCACGCUCAGCGAGGCGGUGCCGGUGGGCGAGGCGACCUGGUACAUCAACGGGGCUGCUGUGCAGCCGGACGACCCUGACUGGAUGGUCACCGCGGAGGGCAGCCACCAUGCCUUGUUGCUGCGCAGUGCCCAGAUGCACCAUGCUGGCGAGGUCACCUUCGCCGCCCGCGAUGCCGUGGCCUCUGCUCGGCUCACCGUACUGGGCAUCCCGGAUCCCCCAGAGGACGCCGAGGUGGUGGCGAGGAGAGGCCGCUCCGUGACGCUGUCAUGGGUGGCACCCGCAAGCGACGGUGGCGGCGGUCUCUGCGGCUAUCGUGUGGAGAUGAAGGCAGCCGCCACGGGCGAGUGGCGCCUGUGCCAUGAACUGGUGCCCGGGCCGGAGUGCGUGGUGGAUGGCCUGGCCCCCGGGGAGACCUACCGCUUCCGCGUGGCAGCUGUGGGCCCAGCGGGGGCUGGGGAGCCCGUGCACCUGCCGCAGACAGUGAGACUGGAGCCCCAGGAGCCUGAACCUGCACCGCCAGCUCCCGUGCCGGGGUCUCCCGCGUGCCCCGCUCCCGUGCCCCCGGCUCCCACGCACCCCGCUCCCGAGAGCCGGCAGGUGGUUGCCGGUGAGGACGUGUGUUUGGAGUGCGAGGUCACUGAGGCGGGUGAGGUCGUCUGGCUGAAGGGGACAGAGCUCAUCCAGCCCAGCGGACGCUUCCAGGUUCUCUGCCGGGGUCAGCAGCAGACGCUGGUCAUCCGGGGAUUCUCGGCGGAGGACCAGGGCGAGUACCGCUGCCGCCGCACCCAGGACCCCACCUCCCCUGCAGCUGCCACUUUCCAGGUGGUGCUGACCCCCGGGUCCGGGGAUGAGACCCCUGCACAGCCCAGCCUCCCCCCUGAGGCAGCCCAGGAGGGCGACCUGCACCUGCUGUGGGAGGCCCUGGCCCGGAAGCGCCGCAUGAGCCGUGAGCCCACGCUGGACUCCAUCAGUGAGCUGCCCGAGGAGGACGGUCGCCUGCAGCGUCUGCGACAGGAGGCAGAGGAAGCAGCCCCUGAGCUCUCGGAGGACUACUCCACAGCAGAUGAGCUGGCACGAACUGGCGAGGCUGACCUCUCACAUACCAGCUCUGACGAUGAGUCCCGGGCAGGCACUCCUUCCCUGGUUACCUACCUCAAGAAGGCUGGGAGGCCCAGCACCUCACCACUGGCCAGCAAGGCUGGGGUCCCCACAGUCCUACCUGGGAAGCCACAGAAGCAUCAGGACCAGCCAGCGGCCACUCGCCCACCAGCGGGCGACCUGAGUGACCCAUCCAUGGACAAGGCAGCCGUGAAGAUCCAGGCUGCCUUCAAGGGCUACAAGGUCCGCAAGGAGAUGAAGCAGCAGGAGGGACCUGUGUUCUCCCGCACGUUCGGGGACACCGAGGCACAGGUGGGGGAUGUCCUGCGUCUGGAGUGUGUGGUGUCCAGCAAGGCGGACGUACGUGCCCGCUGGCUGAAGGAUGGCAUGGAGCUGGCGGACGGUGGGCACCACCACAUCGACCAGCUUAGCGACGGCACCUGCUCCCUGCUGGUCACGGGCCUGGGCCGGGCGGACGCCGGCCGCUACACCUGUCAGGUGAGCAGCAAGUUUGGCCGCGUGGCCCACAGUGCUUGUGUGGUGGUCAGUGGGACUGAGAGCGAGGCGGAGAGCUCCUCCGGGGGUGAGCUGGACGACGCCUUCCGCCGGGCGGCCCGGCGGCUGCACCGGCUCUUCCGUACCAAGAGCCCGGCUGAGGUCUCAGACGAAGAGAUCUUCCUCAGCGCGGAUGAGGGAUCCGCAGAGCCCGAGGAGCCUGCAGACCGGCAGACGUACCGCGAGGACCAGCACUCCGUCCACAUCCACUUCGAGUCCCUGGACGAAGCCCACCGUGCGGCCACCUGCUUCCGAGAGAUGUUCGGCACCAUGGGCAUCUCGGUGGACAUCAGCCUGUCGGAGCAGGGGCCCAGGGGCGUGGAGAUGCGCAUCAGCAAGCUGGCUCUGCCCCCUGCUGCACCACAGGCGAUGGCGCCCUGCCCACUGACUGUGGAGGAGGCCGCCCCGGUGUUCCUGACUGAACUGCAGAACCAGGAGGUGCUGGACGGGUACCCCGUGAGCUUCGACUGUGUGGUGACUGGCCAGCCCGUGCCCACUGUAUGCUGGUUCAAGGACGGCCGGAUGCUGGAGGAGGACGACCACUACCUGAUCAGCGAGGACCAGCAGGGCGGUCACCAGCUCAUCAUCACAGCUGUAGUGCCCGCGGACAUGGGCGUAUACCGCUGCGUGGCUGAGAACAGCGUGGGCGUGUCGUCCACCAAGGCCGAGCUCCGCGUGGACCUGACCAGCACAGACUAUGAAACUGCAGCUGAUGCCACGGAGACCUCCUCCUACUUCAGUGCCCAGGGAUACCUGUCCAGCCGGGAGCAAGAGGGCAUGGAAUCAACCUCAGAGGAGGGCCAGCUGCCCCAGGUGGUGGAGGAGCUGAAGGACCUCCAGGUGGCCCCCGGCACGCGCCUGGCCAAGUUCCAGCUCAAGGUGAAAGGCUACCCAGCGCCCCGACUGUACUGGUUCAAAGACGGGCAGCUCCUGACGGCUUCUGAGCACAUCCACAUGGCAGACAGGAAGACGCUCCACACCCUGGAGGUCGUGUCGGUCACCCGUGAGGAUGCUGGCCAGUAUUCAGCCUACAUCAGCAACGCUGUGGGCGCGGCCUACUCGUCUGCACGGCUGCUUGUCCGAGGCCCCAAAGAUCCCGAAGAGAAGCCUGCAUCGGAUGUGGGCCAACAGCUGGUGCCACCCCGGUUCCUGGAAAGAUUCACCUCCAAGAAAGUAAAGACAGGUUCCAGCAUCACCUUCUCGGUGAAGGUGGAAGGCUCUCCGGCCCCCACGGUGCAUUGGCUGCGGGAAGAGGCUGGGCGGGGCGUGCUGUGGAUCGGCCGGGACUCACCAGGCUACACGGUGGCCCGCUCGGCCCAGCAGCACAGUCUGGUCCUGCUGGACGUGGGCCGACAGCACCAGGGCACCUACACCUGCCUCGCCACCAAUGCCGCGGGCCAGGCCCUCUGCUCCGCCAGCCUGCACGUCUCUGGCUUGCCCAAGGAGGCGGGCGCCGCAGAGGAGCACGCGGGAGUGAAGGAGGCCCUCAUCUCCACCUUCCUGCAGGGGGCCCAAGCCGUGUCUGCACAGAUGACAAAGACCACGGGGUUCGCCGCUGAUAUCGCCGGGCAGAGGACAGCAGAGCCCACGGCGGUGGAGGCCCGUGGCCACCUGUCCCUGGCUGAGGUGGGCACAGAAGAGUUCCUGCAGAAGCUCACGUCCCAGAUCACCGAGAUCGUGUCGGCCAAGAUCACGCAGGCCAAGCUGCAGGUGCCUGGAGGGGACAGUGAUGAGGAAUCCAAGACACCAUCUGCAUCCCCCCGGCACGGCCGUUCCCGCCCCUCCUCCAGUGUCCAGGAGUCAUCCUCAGAGUCGGAGGAUGGGGACUCCCGAGGCGAGAUCUUCGAUAUCUAUGUGGUCACGGCUGACUACCUGCCCCUGGGGGCCGAGCCGGACGCCAUCUCCCUGCGGGAGGGCCAGUACGUGGAGGUGCUGGACUCGGCCCACCCCCUGCGCUGGCUUGUACGCACCAAGCCCACCAAGUCCAGCCCCUCACGGCAAGGCUGGGUGUCCCCUGCCUACCUAGACAAGCGGCUCAAGCAGCUGUCGCCCGAGUGGGGGCCCAGUGAGGCCCCCGAGUUCCCAGGGGAGGCAGUGUCUGAAGACGAAUACAAGAUGAGGCUGAGCUCUAUCAUCCAGGAGCUGCUGGGCUCUGAGCAGGCCUUUGUGGGCAAGCUGCAGUUCCUGGAGCACCACAUCCAGCACCUGGACCGCUGCCCGCACGUGCCCACGGCUGUGGCCAGCCAGAAGGCGGUCAUCUUCCGCAACGUGCAGGACAUCAGCCACUUCCACAGCAGCUUCCAGCAGGAGCUGCAGAGCUGUGACACAGAUGACGAUGUGGCCAUGUGCUUCAUCAAGAACCAGGCAGCCUUUGAGAAGUACCUGGAGUUCCUGGUGGGCCGCGUGCAGGCCGAGUCAGCAGUGGUGGGCACGGCUGUGCAGGAGUUCUACAAGAAGUACACAGAGGAGGUGCUGUCUGCCGCAGACCCUUCGCAGCCGCCCCCGCCGCCCCUGCAGCACUUCCUGGAGCAGCCCGUGGAGCGGGUCCAGCAGUACCAGGCCCUGCUCAAGGAGCUGAUCCGCAACAAGGCGAGGAGCGGGCAGAGCUGUGCCCUUCUGCAGCAGGCCUAUGCGGUGGUGUCCGCCCUGCCGCAGCGUGCGGAGAACCGGCUGCACGUGUCGCUCAUGGAGAACUACCCAGGCACGCUGGAGGCGCUGGGCGAGCCCAUCCGCCAGGGCCACUUCAUCGUAUGGGAGGGGGCACCGGGCGCACGGAUGCCCUGGAAGGGCCAUCACCGCCACGUCUUCCUGUUCCGCCACCACCUGGUGGUCUGCAAGCCCAGAAGGGAUUCCCGCACUGACACUUUCAGCUACGUCUUCCGGAGCAUGAUGAAGCUGAGCAGCAUCGACCUGAACGAUCAGGUGGAAGGCGACGACCGUGCCUUCGAGAUCUGGCACGAGCGGGAGGACUCGGUGCGCAAGUACCUGCUGCAGGCGCGCACGGUCAUCACCAAGAACUCGUGGGUGAAGGAGAUCUGUGGCAUCCAGCAGCGCCUGGCCCUGCCUGUGUGGCACCCCCCAGAUUUUGAGGAGGAGCUGGCGGACUGCACAGCAGAGCUUGGUGAGACAGUGAAGCUGGCCUGCCGUGUGACGGGCACCCCCAAGCCUAUCGUCAGCUGGUACAAAGAUGGGAAGCCAGUGGAGGUGGAUCCACACCACAUCCUCAUCGAAGACCCUGACGGCUCCUGUGCCCUUAUCCUGGACAACCUGACCGGCAUGGAUUCGGGCCAAUACAUGUGCUUUGCUGCCAGCGCUGCUGGCAAUGCUAGCACACUGGGCAAAAUCCUGGUGCAAGUACCCCCACGGUUCGUGAAGAAGGUCCAGGCCAUUCCUUUUGUGGAGGGAGAGGAUGUGCAGGUCACCUGCACUGUCGAAGGCGCCCCACACCCUCAGAUCAGGUGGUACAAGGACGGGGCCCUGCUGACGCCCAGCAGCAAGUACCGAACCCUGAGUGAGCCCCGAAGUGGUCUGCUGGUGCUGGAGAUCCUGGCGGCCAGCAAGGAUGACCUGGGCCAUUACGAGUGCGAGUUGGUGAACCGGCUGGGCUCUGCAAGGGGCGGGGUAGAGCUGUGCAUGCAGAGCCCUGCUGUGCAGGCCCGGGAGCAGCUUCGCAGGGAGCAGCUUGCUACUGUGGAAGUCACUGAGCAGGAGACUAAAGUCCCCAAGAAAACCGUCAUCAUAGAGGAGACCAUCACCACCGUGGUGAAGAGUCCCCGUGGCCGGCGCCGGUCCCCCAACAAGUCCCCCUCCCGCUCACCAUCCCGCCGCACUGCCAGCCCGCCCAGGCCAGGCCCAUUGGCCCCCGAGCUGCUGUACUCCCUGGGGGCCGGCCAGCCCCGCAGGCCUGAGGUGGAUCCAGGCUGGAGGCCUACUGUGCCCACACUGUAUGUGACGGAGCCUGAGUCCCACAUGCCGGCCCUGCCCCAGGGCACGAGGCCGCAGCCCAAGUGGGUAGAGGUUGAGGAGACCAUCGAAGUCAGGGUGAAGAAGACGGGUUCCAGGGGUGCAUCCCCCGCCAGAGAGGCACCUGACAGCUCGGCAGGGCUUCUCUUCACGCUGCCUGGCAGGACCCCCAUAGGAGACCCCAAUGCAAACAACUCCAACAACAACCUACUGGCUCAGGAGCCCCAGGCCCAGGGCAGGGCCAUGGUCAGCACUAGAGAGCCUCUCAUCUUCUGCGUGGACACGGGGCCAGAGGAGGCCCCUGAGCCGUUCCUUCCCCAGGCGGCUGAAGAGGAAAUCCCCAUGGAGGAGGUGGAGGGUGGAGGUGGCAUCCUGACGGAGGACAACCUGGGCGCCAGCGGCCUUUGGGACCGUGACCCCAAGGUCCUCAUUCACGAUGGCCGAGUGCUGACGCUGGCUGACCUGGAGGAUUACGUGCCCCGGGAGGGGGAGACCUUCGGCUGCCAUGGCCCUGUGCCCAGUCCUUCUGACGAUCCGCCCUGUGAGGUCUCUGUGCUCCAGAGAGAGAUCAGCGAGCCUACCGUGGGGCAACCCGUCGUGCUCAACGUGGGGCGUCCCCUGGGUCCUCAAAGCCCGCCCAGCUUUUUCAGUCACUGGGAGGUGUCUCCCUUGGGGCCUCGGGUCCUGGGCCCCGCAGGUGUCUCCUUCUGUAUGCAGGAGGCCCAGGCUGGGAGCACUGCAUCCUGGAAGCCGUCCUUCUGCAUCCAGGUCCAGAGGUCUGCAGACAACGGCCAGAGCAGCUUCAAAACAGAGGUUAGCACCCAGACGGUCAGCUUCGGGACGGUGGGCGAGACCGUCACCCUGCACAUCCGCCCGGAUGGGGACAAGACCCCCGGCCCCUCCCAGGGCUGAGGCCGUGACCAGCAGGUGCCUGGCCGCUGGGCCCUGGGGGUGCAUGGCGGAAACCAGCACUCCAUGGACACAUGUGCUCUGGGCCUCUCCCUAAGUCUCCAAGAACUCAGGGCUGGAGCCUGCCCACCCCUCUCACUCCAGGACUGGCUACCUCAGGGGGCCUGGUCCAGCGAAGACACCGUGCACAGUCCUGGCAUCUCAGAAAGUCCAGAAGGCUGGAGGGACUCACAGACUGCAGCUCUGGGUCAGGGACUCUGCAUCUGUCCUGCCCUGUUCACGAGGCCAGGCUGCCAGGUGCUCUAGGCUGCUGCGUCUGCUCCAGGCCGGGGUCCCAGUCUUCCACUCACCGGGGGGCUCCCCAGCUACAUCUUCACUAUGAACAUUUCUCUCUGGCUCUGGGAGGCCUGCGUAGGGCUCAGCCCUGCAGGAACUCCUGGGCCUCUCUGCAGGGUGGACCAGGGUCUGUGUGUGACCCCCAGUGAUAAUAAACGGGGUCCCUGCAGUUCCCCUGC